UUUUCUUUUUUCAUCAUUUCGCGAGCAGUGAGAGUGCAAAAGGUGCGUGUGUGCUGCAGCAGCUCAGCGUAUUUCCCAGUUCGUUUUUUCGCUUUUUGUCCAGUAAUAAAUUUCCCGAAUCGCUGGAAAAGUGUUUCAAUCGGAAGUGCUAGACCGCAGUAGUGGAAUGAGCACGGCAAAGGCGUCAGCCGCGGUUCCCCCGAGUGCGGAAAUGUCGACAAAGCAGCAGCCAACGUCUUCGUCAGGGUCACAGUCCAAGGAACGUUCGUAUGGAAAAAUCGUUCUCACAUUGGAAAACUGCCUCCUACCGGAGUCGAAAUUUGAGCUGACGCCUUCCCUGGCCGAUGGACUGGAACGGGAAACAGAAAUUGACCUCCGGAUACUGGGCUGUGAGCUUAUUCAGACGGCCGGGAUCCUGCUGAAGCUGCCCCAGGUGGCGAUGGCAACCGGACAGGUACUGUUCCAGCGCUUCUUCUAUUCCAAGUCCUUUGUGCGGCACAGCAUGGAAGCGACGGCGAUGAGUUGCGUCUGUUUGGCGUCGAAGAUCGAGGAAGCGCCCCGGCGCAUCCGGGAUGUGAUCAAUGUGUUCCAUCACAUCAAACAGGUCCGAGGACAGAAACCGCUGGUGCCGAUGAUUUUGGACCAGCAUUACAUCAAUCUGAAAUCUCAGGUGAUCAAAGCAGAACGGCGGGUACUGAAGGAGCUUGGAUUUUGCGUUCACGUCAAGCAUCCGCACAAGUUGAUUGUGAUGUACCUGAAGUACUUGGAGCUGGAGAAACACCAGAACAUGAUGCAGAUGGCGUGGAAUUUCAUGAACGACUCAUUUCGGACGGACGUCUUUGUGCGGUAUCAGCCGGAAACGAUCGCGUGCGCAUGUAUCUACUUGACAGCCCGGAAACAAAACAUUCCACUGCCAAGCCAACCAGCAUGGUUUCUGAUAUUUCGCGUUAGCGAAGACGACAUGCUGGAUGUUUGUUAUCGAAUAAUGACACUUUACAAGCGGAAAAAGCCGAAUGCCGAAUCACUGGAGGAAGCGGUAGAUAGUCUGAAGAAAAAAUACCAGGAUCAAAAGAAGAAAGAUCGAUCGGAAACAAAUACACCUCCGACGGUCACUAUGGUGGACCGAAACAAUGGAUCGCACAACGCAUGGGGAGGUUUCUUCUCGCGUACCCUCCCCGUAACAGUCAGUAGCGAUAAUAAUGGAAACAACAACAACGACAAAGACGGCAAGAAAUCGCACUCUAAAUCAGGCUCACGGUCGCCUCGUUCUCGAUCUAGAUCCCGUUCACGAACAGCGUCCCGCUCCAGAUCACAUUCACCGUCACGAUCAUCGCACUCCAAAACUAGAUCGCGCUCGCGUACUGCUUCAAGAUCACGCUCGCGUUCCUCUGCUGCCGAACAGUCACCGUCUCACUACAACGAGAAGGGCGUAUCUCGUAAGCCUAAAAAGACACGGCACCGGUCGCGAACACCCUCCAAGCCAUCUGCCAAAAAGAAGUCCAAACAUUACUCGCGAUCCCGUUCAGCCACGCCCGAAUCACCACCGAAGUACAAAAAGAGUGCGAAAAAGUACGACCGCCGGCGAGACGAGCGCGACAAUCGGUACAUCAACGGUAGCGAACGGGAGCGUGUCUCGUCGAAGGGUGGUGAUCGCGAGCGGGAUCGGGACCGUAGUCGAGACUACCACCGGGAACGUCAUCGCGACAAAGGUGCUUACGAGCGAGAGGAAUACCGAAAGGAUCAUCGAAGCUCUCACAGCAUUAUGGAUAAACGGGACAAGUACAGUCGGCACGGGACCAGUGAUCGGCAUCGAUCGUCCAAGCAUGGGGAACGGGACCGCAGACGAUAAUUGCGAAACGACUCACACACACAUACAUAAACAGCAGCACCUAAGCUUACUGACUUUAGAAAUGCCAUUUUAGUCGUUUUCCAUCGUUUUAAUUAUUUUUUUAAUUAUUGUCAAUGUUUAAUUCCGAACAGGAAAGAAGCAAACAGUGAUCCGUUGUAAAUAGAACCAGAUGUUUACUCUAUUCUUGAUAUGAAAUUCAGCUACGAUUUAUUAGAUCUGCAUUGAAAGCUCAAUCGGAAGAGGGUAUAAAAAUCCUUGCGGCAGCAUGCGUUGCAAUGAAUUGUCGCGGGAUCAAGAGAGCAGAAAUUGGAAGUGAUAGCUGCGGUCCAGCUGGGAUGUGCCCGGUGCAGGCAAUUAGAACAAAAGAGUUGGCAGUGGUUUGUAAAUGAUUCUUCUCAAUUUACAUUGGAAGAUAACAAAAAGCAAAAUAUAAGCAAAACAACAAUA